AAUGUUGCUGCAAGGCCGAAGUGCUCCAGAGAUGCCUUAGGGUGCAGCUUUGUCCUCCCCAGCUAUGCUCCUGGCCCGCUGACCCCCGCGUGCUUCAAGAGAGUGGGGGUGGGAAAGCCCGAGAUCUAUAAGCUAAAUGCGGGCGAGGAGAAGGGAAGACCAUCCCGUAGUGGUGUGCGCCGCUCUCCCCACCCCCCUUUCCUCAUAGGCGUCCUCCCUGCGGUGUAUCCUUGGGGACCGGGCAAGGGAGGAUCCUAGCCUAAGGCGCGGCAGCAGCUAUGGGCGCGCUGUGGGUCUCAAGCCCGAGUCUGGUCUGAGGCACAGGCAGAAGGAGAAGGCUCGCGGCUUGCUGUCUCUCUUCCAUGCCUCCCUUCCCUGCCUGGCUUUUGUGUUGGUGCUUCGGAAAUGUGGGGAGGGUGAGCUGGAGGAGAAGGAGGGGGACCUAGGUUGAGAGGCACCCCCUGCACGCGCGCGCGCACGGUGCCGGCGCACGCACACACGCGCGGACACACACUCACGGACACGCACACACACGCACAAAGCUCGCUCGCCUCGAGCGCACUAACGUGGCCGUUUUCUUUGUGUGGAGCCCUCAAGGGGGGUUGGGGCCCCAGUUUGGUCCCGUCCUGGGGAGAUGGCGCAGCCCAUCCUGGGCCAUGGGAGCCUGCAACCUGCCUCCACCGCUGGUCUGGCAUCCCUGGAGCUCGACUCGUCGCUGGACCAGUACGUGCAGAUUCGCAUCUUCAAAAUCAUCGUGAUUGGGGACUCCAACGUGGGCAAGACCUGCUUGACCUUCCGCUUCUGCGGCGGGACCUUCCCGGACAAGACUGAAGCCACCAUCGGUGUGGACUUCAGGGAGAAGACCGUGGAAAUCGAGGGCGAGAAGAUCAAGGUUCAAGUGUGGGACACAGCAGGUCAGGAACGCUUCCGCAAAAGCAUGGUCGAGCAUUACUACCGCAAUGUGCAUGCAGUGGUCUUUGUCUAUGACGUCACCAAGAUGACAUCCUUCACCAACCUCAAAAUGUGGAUCCAAGAAUGCAAUGGGCAUGCUGUGCCCCCGCUAGUACCGAAAGUGCUUGUGGGCAACAAGUGUGACUUGAGGGAACAGAUCCAGGUGCCCUCCAACUUAGCCCUGAAAUUUGCCGAUGCCCACAACAUGCUCUUGUUUGAGACAUCGGCCAAGGACCCCAAAGAGAGCCAGAACGUAGAGUCAAUUUUCAUGUGCCUGGCUUGCCGAUUGAAGGCGCAGAAAUCCCUGCUCUAUCGUGAUGCUGAGAGGCAGCAGGGGAAGGUACAGAAACUGGAGUUCCCACAGGAGGCUAACAGCAAAACUUCCUGUCCCUGUUGAAACCAAAUGAUGUAAAUACAAGAUCAGUCAUCACUAGAGUUUUUUCUUUCCCUUUUUUUCUGUGUCUGCAUAACGCUGACACCUGCUUGUUUCCAUACAAAUUGAUAUUAAAAUAGAAUUUGUAUAGAUUA